CUCGGCUUGGGACGAAACUUCAACCGGCCACGUCCGCCGUCUCGAUAUACUAUCCUCCCUCUCCCGUCCCGGAAAGCGCAUGAAGCGCCCGAGGCUUCCGCUUUCCCCGCCGGCCCCGCCGUCAAUUGCCAUCGGGCCUUGAGGAUGUGCAUAGCUUGCCUGCGGAGUAUAGUAUUGAGUCCUCGUGCUUCUGGCUACCAUGGCCGGGAUGGAAUGGAAAUCUGCCUUGUCGGCACUAGAUCGAUAUGAAGUCAUACAGACAUUACAGACGUCUCUAUCAGCCACUGCCCAAGGCGACGCCGUCGCCAUCGAGCAAAGAGCGUACAAGGAUGCAACCUCACGAGCAAGCCGCCCACAGUUCGCUCCCCCAGAACCAACACACAAAAGCUGACACACAUGCUCAGGAAGAAUAUGAGACAAUCUGGAAGGCGGACCUAGCUACUCACUCAAGCCCCUCGUCGUCAAUCUUACCAGCAUCCACACCCUUCGAGGCAGCUCUCGACGAGGCAACCUCGCACCACGCCUCGGGCGACCAAGGCGGCAUUCGCAUCGGGGCGUACACGAAUUGCACGCCUAUAGCCGAGGGCAUCACGUCCCAAGUCUUCCGCUCCGGCUCCAACGCCCUGAAGGUCAUAACCACCCACCGCAACAUUGAGCCGCACAAUCCCCGCCGCGAGGCCAAGAUCCUCGGCCUCCUGUCGGAAUGCCCCGAGAUCAUCAGGCUCCUCGACGUCUUCCACGACCAAGAGCAGCACAUGGUGCUCCGCUUCCCCUACAUGCCACCAACGCUCACCGACGUAAUCGCCCAGGUCCAAAGCAGCAGCACCGGCGGAAGCGGGAACAAUGCGAGCAAAGGCCUGCCCAAGAGACAACUGGCUGUCAUAUUCCGCGACGUCCUACGCGGUCUCUCUUACAUCCACGCCAUGGGCAUCAUUCAUCGAGACGUCAAGCCCUCGGCCGUCCUGCUUGCAUCUCCAAGCGGUCCUGCGCGUCUAUCGGACUUUGGUACUGCGUGGCACCCCACUCUCUCUGCUGCGGCCGAGCCACCUGACGACAAAAUUCUCGACAUUGGUACCGGGCCGUACCGCGCGCCAGAAGUGCUGUUCGGAAACAAGUCGUACGACGCUGGCGUGGACAUGUGGUCUCUGGGCGUCGCCCUUGCAGAAGCCGCAACGGGGGCGCCGCCGUUCGAGUCGCGCCCCGCCAGCGAGGAUGGGAGCCAGCUUGGCCUUAUCCUCAGCAUCUUCAAGACGCUUGGUACCCCAACGGUGCAGACGUGGCCCGAGGCGCAAAGUUUUAAAGUAUCUCCAUUUGAGUUAUGGACAGUGUUCCCGCAACGCCCGUGGAGCGACAUCCUGCCGAACCUGGACCACGAGAUAGGAGCUGUCGUGGCGGAUCUGCUCAGGUUCGACAAAAAGCGGGUGACAGCAGUCCAGUGCCUCGCAUUGCCUUUGUUUACUCAUCCUGAUCCUGAGGCACAGCGAUAACCGAUAUUCUUAAGAGCAAAAUGGCUGCCCUGCUUACUAGGAAACAACCCAAUGUAGUACGGCCCACAACCCUGAUUUUGUCCUCUUAGACUAUCCCGCCGUAUGUGGACGCCCAUGAUGCAAUCGUCUAAAUACUCCCCCUGUCCAACCCAACGACCCAAUACGACAAUGACGACCAGCUUCCUCAGAGUCCGUAUCGAGGGUCCUGUCUCCGUUUCGCCGUGUCCGCCCCGAGAUAGUCGAUCGGAUUCCUGCACAAAGGACAUGUGUUCUGGUUGCUGGUCUGGAACCACUUGUACAGACAGGUGCGGUGGAAGAGGUUCUUGCAGGUGGUGCAACGCUUGUCCGGCGUGCGUUUGUCGGUCGAGAUGAUGCUGUAGCAAAUGGCG